CAGACCAGAACAGUUUAUGUCACAGAAGAGUCCAGUUUGGGGACACGAUUGGCAGCAGCUUAUUUUGUUUCAAAUUUCCAUUGCUCGCUGAAGCCAGAAUAUUUGUUGUAAGUUUGGGAAGGAAGGAGGGUAGAAAAGUUUCUUUUUUCAUAGAAUUUGGUAAAGUACAACAUUGCACCGUCUCAGUUUGGCGUUGGCUCAGAGGCCAUCAGGGUAAGCAGGAACACUGAGUUCUAGCAGGAUACUAGCAGAGGGAUCAUCAAGAGUAAGGCAGGGCUGGUCAGAGCAGUUCGCAAAGCGUUUCGUUUUGCCAGUUUUUAUCUUCUUCCCCUUGCCCGUCUUAAUGUGCAGUUUUAUAAAUGCGUCUCCUCCAGAACACCAUGUCAAAUCCGAGUAACUUCCUACUGCUCCCCAUACCGGAGAUCCCGAUGCUCGACUACUUGCAUAACCGAAACGUGAAGAUCGUGGUCCUGGGAGCAAGGAGAGUUGGCAAGACUGCCUUGAUUGUACGGUUUCUCACAAAACGGUUCAUCGGAGAUUAUGAGCCAAACACAGGAGCUCUAUACUCCAGAUCAAUUAGCAUUGAUGGUGAUCAAAUUUCAUUGCAAGUGCAAGACACUCCCUGUAUUAAUCAGGCAGAUGGAGAUGAUUCUAGUAGUCCAGAUAUUAUAUCCCGAUCACUUCAUUGGGCAGAUGGUUUUGUUUUUGUCUUUUCACUUACGGACACAGAAAGCUGGAAAGCACUCCGUCCACUCCAUCAGCAAAUCAGGAAGAUUUAUCCUAACACCAGACUUCCAUUUGUGCUAAUAGGAAACAAGGCUGAUUUACCGCACGCACGACAAGUGGAAACCAGUGAAGGCAUUCAAUUGGUGAAUGAGAUAGGAGGGACUUAUUUUGAAGUUUCUGCCAGAGAAAAUUAUAAUGAGGUCUAUGAUGCAUUCCACCAAGUUUGCCAAGAAGUUUGCAAAGUGAUUGGAAACAAUAAUGGGGAGAAGAGAAGAGGUCUGCUUUUAGGCAGGCCAAAAUCACCGAAUAUGCAAGAUCUUGGAAGACGGUUAAAACAGGCUCUUUCUUCUAAAGUGAAAUCCACUGCUUCUGUAUAAAACUCAUUUGGAUGAGUUUCCAAGUGCUAAGAUUGUUUUUCUUUACCUUGAAAAUAAAUAAGACAAGGUAACUAACACAUGAAUAGAA